AUGAAUGUCCUAGCUUUACCAAAUUUUGUCAUCGAAAGUGCCAGCUCUCUAAUGGAAAAUGCCUCUGAACAUACACGAGUCACCAUAAUUACUGUGUCUGUCUCACCUCAGACUACUCUGAUUGGAGGUCCUGUCAUCAUUACUGCAGAUCCUAUCAUCCAUCCAUUUGCACUGUCUCGUAGAUCUACACAUGAGUGGGAAGUAAUUAUAUCUGGAACACCCAAAUUGGACUUUGAGAUGGUGUCUCUCUACUCUCUGAUAAUCUAUGCCAAAGAUGACCAAGGGGCAACAGCGUCACAGACUAUUUCAAUCCAGAUUGCUGAUGUCAAUGAGCCACCCACCUUCAUUGGCUCCCUUGCUCUAAGUGACCAAGUUACUGAGAUUUAUAUCCUAGAAGACACUGCUCCAGGCACAGUCAUUUACAGAGCAAUAGCCAAGGAUCUAGAGAAUGCUGUUUUGAAGUAUUCUAUUUCCCCGGAGGACUUGGGCUUCAUAAUCGACAGCAUCAGAACAAUUUCUACAGCAGCAGUUUUUGAUUUUGAGAGAGAUGCUAGAAGUUUUUCUGAUAUUGAAAAUUCUGUCUUGAGUACUACUUCAAUAAAUUCAACUCUGUACAAUAAAGUGAACAUCACACUGAAUGAAGAAAUUCCAAUUGGGAAAAAAAUUGGAAUAUGUCAGGCAACUGAUGAAGAUAACCUGGGAGAGUUAACUUAUGAACUAGAUCCACAGACUGUUUACUUUGCGGUGGACAAAGAGCAUGGGACCAUGGUUACUACUGCCCACCUUAAUGUGGAGACAGCCGGCUUUGAACAAGUCCAGUCCUUCACCAUUAAGGCAUGUGACCAUAGGCAGCAGUGUGAAGCAAUUUCAGUGACAGCCUAUAUCCGUGGCAUUAAUGACAACUCACCUUUCUGUGAUUAAUAUCUGAUUAGGUAUACAGGCAAAGAGGUGAUUUCAAAAGACACAGUAGUAGCAAAACUCAUGUGCCACGACCUGGAUGAGCCUCCUGAUAUCAUACAUUAUGCUCCAGGCUUAGGGCCAGUUGGUGCUGGACAACGCUCUGUGCAAGCGCCAACUGCUGAGAAUUUUAUCCAGGUUGCUAAAGAAUUAGACUAUGAGAACACAGAGGUGGUUGCAGCUGGACAUGCCUAUGAAAUGACAAUUUCAGUAUUUGAUGGCUCACAUCCCUCCCACACAGUAACUGUGACGGUCAUCAUAGAGAUUGCUCCUGUCAAUGACUUUAGCCCUGUAUUUAAAGCUGAACAAUAUUCAUUCUUUGUUCCAGAAACAUCAGGAGGAGUUAAAUCCAACUGUAAAGAAAUCAAGACAGGGGGCCAGGCGGUAGUGGUCACUGUUGACACUGAAGAUGAGAAUGAUGAGGCACCUAUCUGCACACCCUUUGUAUAUAAGGCAGUCAUUUUUGACGAUGUUGUUGCUGGAACAAGCGUCAACGGCUUCAAACUAAACUGCCAUGACAGAGAUUCAAAAGAUUUUGAAGUGGUCUUUGAGAUGGUUUCUGGAAAUGAGAAUCACCAUUUUGGAUUUGACCCAACUCGCGGUUCAAACACUCCAAAAUUAAUUGUGAAGAAUCCUUUUAACUUUGAAUCUGGAGCUGAACCACAGAGGCAGUACCAUCUUGUGGUGCAUAUAAUGGAUGAGAACCUGAAAUAUGGCAAAGCCACCAAGCCUAAGACAGGCACAGCUAUUAUAGAUAUUUAUGUGACAAGGGCCAAUAUGCCACCUCCUCCAACCACAAACUCUGAACAAAGAAAAGGUCUGACCAUCAUAUACACAGCUGUCAACACAUACAAAUCCAGUGACUGUUACAUUCCUUUCAUCUUCACUCUGAUGGCUGUUUUCUUUGCUGGGUUGCUUUCCUGGGUCUGCUACCUUUUUUGGCAAUAUAGAACCACUAUGGAGUGCUGUCAGAAAGAGGUCAAGAAAGUCUCCAAACCCAAACCCAAGUAUGAAACCAUCGUGUAUAAAACUGAAUUUGACGGGGAAGCCAUUGAUCCAGGUAUGGUGCUUAAGUAUUAUUUAAGUCCAGUUUGCUUAUUUAGAUGCUAA